AUGACUCCUACUAACCUGCCUGAGAACAGAACCUUCUGUGAAAAAUACAUGCAGUUGGCUUUUAUCCUCUCCUCUUUGUCAAUUUUCUUAGGAGGCCUGUUCCUCAUAGUAGCUUCCAGGGUAGCCAAAUAUGUUUACAGGUUCAUCUCAAAGUGCAUUCUCAGCACAAAGGGGGAACACAAACAGCGUGCUCAGUGGCUGCCCAAAAUAAGGCAAAUUUCACUUCCCUGGAAAGGAGCCUUCCUGGAGUCGGUGGAGAUGAUGCUGUCAGCUCAAACAUGUGUGGGGCGCGUGCUGGUGAUACUGGUGUUCCUACUGAGUAUUGGAUCCCUCAUCAUUUACUUUAUCAACUGUGACUUCCCCAUAGAGCACUACCAGUCCUUCGCAGACACCACCCUUGCUGUAGAUAUGAGCUUCAAUGCAUUCUUCCUCUUCUAUUUCGGAUUACGGUUCAUGGCAGCAAACAACAAGCUGAGUUUCUGGCUGGAGCUCAACUCCAUUGUGGAUUUUUUCACCAUCCCUCCAGUUUGUGUUUCCUACUAUUUAAAGAGGAACUGUCUUGGUUUGCGGUUCUUGCGAGCACUCAGAUUGUUAGAACUUCCCAAAAUAUUGCAGUUUCUCAGGAUCACUAGGACGAGUAAUUCAAUCAAGCUGUCCAGAUUGUUAGCUGCAGUUCUCAGCACCUGGCUCACAGCUGCAGGAUUUAUUCACUUGGUGGAGAAUAGUGGAGAUCCUUGGGUCCACCAUCAAAAUUCCCAGUCCCUGAGCUAUUUUGACUGUUUAUACUUGACAAUGGUGACCAUGUCCACAGUUGGCUUUGGAGAUGUUGUAACUAAAACGUCCUUGGGUCGUAUUUUCAUGAUUUUCUUCAUCAUCGGUGGUUUGGUCUUGUUUGCAAAUUUUAUCCCUGAAAUUGUGGAUAUCGUUGGUGGCAAUCGAAAAUACCAAGAAUCGUAUGAGGUAGUGAGAGGGAGAAAGUACAUUGUUGUCUGCGGUGAUAUCACUCUGAAGAGUGUGACAGCUUUCUUAAGAAACUUCCUGGCCCAGGACACAGGAGAUGUUUGCACUGAGAUUGUCUUUCUGGGAGAAACUCUUCCUAGUCUGGAGCUGGAAAUUGUAUUCAAAUGCUAUUCUGCCUAUACCACUUUCUUCCAUGGCUCUGCACUGAACUAUAAAGAUCUGAAGAGAGUUGUGAUGGGAUCUGCAGAUGCUUGUCUGAUCCUAGCAGAUACUUGCUCUUCGGACCCUUAUGUUGAAGAUACUUCCAAUAUCAUGAGGGCGCUGUGCGUCAAGAAUCACUAUCCAAAGACGAGAGUCAUUAUACAGAUAAUCCAGUCUCAUAAAAAGGUAUACCUGGCAAACAUCCCCAACUGGGACUGGAGGAGAGGAGACAGCAUCAUCUGUUUUGCUGAACUAAAACUAGGCUUCAUAGCACAGAGUUGCUUGGUUCCAGGCUUGUCCACACUCCUAAGAAGCCUGUUCAUUAGGCAAAAGAGUACCAAGGUGAAGAGAAAAGGCCCGUGGAACAGGAACCUUUUUGAAGGCAAUGACUACAAAGUGAUGACUGACUGGCUCUCCAAUGAUUUUGUGAACAUGACUUUUCCAGACGUUUGCCGGUUCUGCUUUGUUAAGUUGGAUCUUGUGCUGCUCGCAGUUGAAUUCAGAACUGGCAUUCAUGAAAACAGCCUCCUGGUCAACCCAUCUGCACAGAUAAAGCUCAAUCGAAACACAAUGGGCUUUUUUAUUGCCAAAUCCAAAGUGGAAGUCAAAAGGGCUCAUUUUUACUGUAAAGCCUGCCAUAGUGAUAUUGAUAAUCCGGAGCUGAUUAAAAUAUGUCACUGCAGAAGGAAACCUUGGUCAAGAUCCUUUUCAGAGUGCUCUGAGGAUAAAAAGGUUCAAGAUUGUGAGAUUUUCAGACAGUUGAAGAAGCUGAGGAUUCCUCAAGAAACACUGUACCUUCCAGACCAAGAGCCAGCAAAGUCGAGGUCUCUUGGGGUUCUUCCUGUUACAGGUAUCACUGCCAGGGUUGCGGCUGCCGUGGCAGAAGAGGAGAGCCAGGCUCUGCUGGAUUCCACAGGGAUGUUCCACUGGUGCAAGGCUGUCCCGCUGGAACAGGCUCUCCUGAAGCCCCAGAGACAAACUACUUCACCUCUGCAUGAUCAUAUCGUCGUUUGUGUCUUUGGAGAUGCUAAUUCAACAUUGAUUGGGCUGCGGAACUUUGUGAUGCCUUUAAGAGCCAGUAACUUCACUUACCAGGAGCUGAAAGACAUUGUCUUUCUCGGGUCUCUGGAAUAUAUGAAAAGAGAGUGGACAUUUAUCCAGAAUUUCCCAAAGCUGCUAUUAUUCCCGGGCAGCGCCCUCUCCUGUGCAGACCUGAGGGCAGUUAACAUAAGGUACUGCACCAUGUGUACCAUCCUGUCUUCUCACGUGAGGGCUUCUACCAAUCCAACUCUGGUGGACACAGAAAACAUCUUAGCCACUCUUAACAUCCGGUCUAUGCAGUUGAAGAGCAGCUCAACUGCUGGAGAGGCAGUUGGCAGAGUGAGAACACUGGAGAAUGAAUCAGAGCCAAGUUAUAAAAGGAUCCCCAUCAUCACAGAGCUGAACACUACAUCGAAUGUCCAGUUCAUUGAUCACCACAUUAGCAGCGACUCUCAGAUCCCAGAACAAGAGCUGUACCUCAGCUCCACUGGUGGUAUCUUCUCAGACAGCUUUUUGGAUUCUCUCUUGUCCACUACCUACCGUGACCACCACGUCUUGGCUCUGCUCCAGACUCUGGUGACGGGUGGGACAAGCCCUGAACUGGAGGAACAGCUGGCAGAGAAGAAUGUGCUCUGUGGCAGUUUCACGAACACAGCAUAUGUGGCCCCCAGAGCUAGGUGCAAACUUGCGCUUAUGCCUCUGUCCAAGAGGCUGUUAACGGAUUCCCGGGAUUCCUUUGGAGACAUUUACUGCAAAGCAUUAGACUUGUUUGGAAUCCUUUGCUUUGGACUCUACCGUCUGACAGAAGAGCCCAAUCCAUACAGGAAUAGGGGAGUGUAUGCAAUUGCUCGGCCCCCCAGUGAUUUCAAGAUGUUACCUACGGAUAUGGUGUUUUGCAUUGUCCCAUUCAGCACCACAGCAACUAGUGACCUGUCAGUUUGUGAGGAGGAUCUUUCACCAAGGAGGCAUCAGAGCCAUACGGACAGUUCCAUAAAGCAAAAUUAAGUGAGAUUGUGGAAAUAAAAAAGAAUGUAUUGGUUACUAAGACCCCACAAUGAGCUUUCUUGGUCAUUUUUUCCUAGGGAUGUAGCAGGCAGUUUGAAAUGCUUAAACACUGACAUGAGCAGCUGUGUAGCCACACAGGCUGGGAUUUUCAAAAGUGCCUACAGAAGUUAGGCAUCCAUGUUAACCUUUUACCCAUGGCCUGAACUCAGAUGAUCAGGUAAAUAAUCAUUUAUAUCUUAGCAAGCAUCUUAACUCUUUCUAAAUUAACACCAAUGAAACUCAAGUUCUCAUGCAAAGUAGGAGUAACCAAAGAAAUGUAAGGAUUAUUUUCAAAUUG